GGAACGAUAUCAGCGAUGGUCAAUUCAGCAAUACAACAGGAUGCAGUUCCCACAGCAGGAGAACAGCCAACGCCAACAGCAAAUCCAGUAACAACUACAAGGAAUCCUUCCGAUUCUAGCCCGAACGGGCAAUCCACAUUAAUUCAACGUCAAUAUGGUGCCUAAUCCCUAAUCCUGGACUCAGCCCAUUUGGACGACCUCAAAUGUCCCAGGCUAAUCUCACGACCACCACUGUGUUCAAGAACGCGACAUCUAGUUAAUUUCCAGCUUCCAAUGGCGUGGCUGCCGGUUUGCUCAAUAGUUUUAUUCAGAAUCAACAUCAGUUCCCUGAUCUUAUGAAAGUUAGAUUGACCGAGGCCAAGGCAGUGGGCCCAAUCUAUGUUGUCAAGCAGCACAGCAACUGCAAUAAAGGCAGCAACAACAAAUACUCCGAGCCAUGUCGAUACUCUGAUAAUGUCAAUUUCGCAAGCAUCGUUUAGCGGGAUGUUACAACCAAGUGUACAGCAGCCGCAACAACUGCAGCAGCAAUAGAAACAAUUCUCAAUUCAAUCGUUGUCAGCUUCCACACUUAAUGACGAUGGUAUUGCGACAUCGACGACGCAGACUGUAUCACCGCUCACUGUCUAAUGGCCUUAUUUAUCAAUAAAAUAUGAAUCAUGAUGUACAAUGUAUACCAAUAAUAUAUGGAUGCUUUUAUAUUCUAUUUAUUUUGGAAAGAAUUUUUCCUCUCCAUUCUCGAGCAACAUUAUUACUCUGCAAAUCUACACGAAUUUAUUGCUUGACAGAUACAAGCAAUAAAUGUUGCAGUUCGACAAGAGCGACUAAGUUAAUAUAUGUAACAAGUAGCUUAUUUAGAAGCAUUUGAAAUAAAAGUCGUGACAAGUUUACGUGCACUUCAAUCAUUUGAUUUGAAGUAAAUGUUCGAAGCUUUAAAGCAAGUGACACAAUUGUCGUUUUGUCUUUGUUACUCGUUGCGAAAAAAGAAAUAUAGAACGACGUUUGUGUCGACCUGUGUCCGCUUGCUGGAAAGCUAAUUUCAAGAUAUAGAUAGAUUUGUUCCCACUAGAUGGUAGCACAGCAAAUGUUUAUUCGCUCCAUGCUCCAUGUUCGCUCGCUCUGCUCGCUUAUAUCUCAUAACCACAUAUAACCUCAAAUUCAAACACGGGAGCACGGAGUAAGUUAUGCUGUCAAACUGAAUCAAAGGGCAUAGGAACGAAUACGAGUCCCAUGCAAGCGAGAGGCACCGCCAGCAGAUUUGUCUGCACUGCUGAUUCAAUUGGUACUAAGAACAUUAUGGAUAGUCAAGAAGGUGAAGCAGCAGCACAACAGGCACAACUCUCAGCACCAAGUCCGGCUCAAUCUCAAUUGAGUACGCCGACCGGAAGACAGCCAGGUCCGCAGCAAGCUACGCAAGGACAAAUGGCUAAUACUGGUACUUCAACAGGCGCGAAAUCGACAAUUGAUCCAGAGGAAUGUAGAUUCGUCCAGCAAUUGUUGAUGCUGCUUUUGCAUGCAGAUAAAUGUCAACGACGCGAAAGCCAAGCAAACGUCGAGAUGAGACAAUGUACCUUGCCGGACUGCAAAACUAUGAAAAAUAUUCUAAAUCACAUGACGAAUUGUCAAGCCGGAAAGAAUUGCACCGUGCCUCAAUGUAGAAUAUAUAGGCGGAUCAUCAGUCAUUGGAAGCAUUGUAAACGAAGUGAUUGUCCGAUUUGCUUGCCGAUAAAACAAGCACAGAACGGGACAAUUUCUGCGCAAGAACCCGCAAUUCAACCAAAUAAUCAGCCAAAUCCAAGCUCAUCCAAAAUGAGAUGGGCUUAUGAUGCUUUAGGAAUUCAGUGUCCGACAACAACACCGGGGCUUUUACCCGGUCAAGACAUUGGUAGGGGCGUUAGAAUGCCAGCUCCCGGCAUGAUGGGCGGUCCUCCAGGGGCAUUGGGCAACGUUGGAUUAGCGCAAUCUCAGACACAGAUUGCACCAGGACAAUCCGUAGCCUUUGCCGGACAACAAGUAGUCACGCCGAACGUAUCUUUUCCUUUGAAUUCCGAUCCUAGUAUAGUAGGGGUAGCUGGCAAUCAGACGGUAUCAACGACCGGACCUACAGCCACUGACGCAGCGGCCGCUGUCGGUAUACAGGUUAUUCCAAAUGGAUUACAGGAUCUACAGUUUCCAGGCGGUCUUCAAUCCAGUCAAGUCACAGCGAUACCGGUGCAAGGAACAAAGGAGUGGCAUCUGUCCGUCACUCCAGAUAUCAGGAACCAUCAUGUUCAUCAAUUGAUUCAAGCAAUAUUCCCGAAUCCCGAUUCACAAUCUAUGGUUCAUAAAAGAAUACACAACUUGGUCGUCGCGUUCGUGAGGAAGGUGGAAAGUGACAUGUACUUUAAGGCUAACUCCCGGUCGGAAUAUUAUCAAUAUUAUCAUCUGCAGGUCGGGAAAAUCUACAAGUUUCAAAAGGAAGUUG